AUGCAAAUUUUCGUGAAAACUCUAACUGGGAAGACCAUAACUCUCGAGGUUGAGGGUAGCGAUACCAUCGACAAUGUCAAAGCCAAGAUCCAGGAUAAAGAAGGCAUCCCUCCUGAUCAACAGAGACUGAUCUUUGCUGGCAAGCAAUUGGAAGAUGGCAGAACUCUUGCGGAUUAUAACAUUCAAAAGGAGUCGACUCUUCACCUGGUGUUGAGGCUGAGGGGAGGAACUAUGAUCAAGGUGAAGACUCUCACUGGGAAAGAAAUUGAGAUUGAUAUUGAAUUGACUGAUACCAUUGACCGAAUCAAGGAAAGGGUUGAGGAGAAAGAGGGGAUUCCUCCGCUGCAACAAAGGCUGAUUUACGGUGGCAAGCAGCUUGGAGAUGACAAAACUGCUAAAGAAUACAAAAUCGAGGGUGGCUCUGUCCUUCAUCUUGUACUUGCAUUACGUGGUGGUAAAAACAACAUGCAAAUUUUCAUGAAAACACUAACUAGGAAGACCACCACUCUUGAGGUUGAGGGCAGUGAUACCAUCGACAAUGUCAAAGCCAAGAUCCAGGCUAAAGAAGGCAUCCCUCCUGAUCAACAGACUGAUUUUUGCUGGCAAGCAAUUGGAAGAUGGCAGAACUCUUGCGGAUUAUAA